CUACAUGUUUUGACUACAGUGCAUCUCUGCAGCUGAUGGUCACAGGAGGUUGUGAUCGAACAGUCAGACUGUGGACUCGAUAUGUGACCACAAGUCCUGUAGCUACACUGCAGGGUCACCACACCACUGUGUUGGAUGUUGCAAUAUAUCAACCUGUCGGGCAGAUCUUCAGCUACUCCAGAGAUGCUGAACUGAGGGUUUGGGACAUCUCUCCCCAUCACUGUCUGAAAAUCAUCCGCCUGCAGUUUCUCUGCCUGCAACCGGGUCGUAUCCCAGAACAUGGCGGCUUCCCUUUCUUGUUGCUGAGCCCUCCUCUUCCUGAGGACACACAGCCUCAUUUAGUGGUGGGAUGCAAAGAUUACCUGGCGGUGCUCAAUCUGGCUGAAAGGAGAAGAGGAGGAGGCGGCUGGUUCACACAUGAAGGAAGGGAAUUUGGAACUGAAAUUCACGGGGGUCCAUCCCUGUCCUGUGCUGUGUACAACCCCACCCUGAGACAGGUGGUGACCGGAUGCACUGACUCGUCUGUAUCUCUGUGGGAUGUAGAGACGGGGAGGAGGCGGCUUCACAUUGUAAAUGCUCAUGGAGAGGUUGAACUCGUCUGCACGACACUGGAUUCUUCUCACAGAAGGCUGAUCACUGGGGCUCGUAAUGGCACUAUUAAGGUGUGGAACUUACUCAGUGGCCUUAACCUGCACAAGCUGGAGCCUAUUAGCGACUCUGAAGUCACCGGGUUGACCUGUCUCCAUGACAACCAGCUGUUGGCGGUGGGGUGGAGCUGACGCAUCGCUCAGUACAACAUUGCAGGAGGGAAGGACAUGAAUGUGAGAGCAGACAUGUCAUGGAAGUCCAGCGGUGUCCACAAAUCAGACAUAUUGGCUGUGUGUCAGUGCUCUGCCCUGGGGCUUGUUGCCACAGCAAGUUAUGAUGGAGAAGUAGUUAUCUGGAGACUGGAGACACAAGGACCCACACUCCACCUACAGAGAGAGGCACAGGCGAGAGUGGCACUCCCUGUGGACAGCCUCUUGUUUCUUCAACAUCGAGCCAGCGACAAAAAGUUAAGAAGCAGGGGUGUCCUGGUUUCAUCGCAGGCUGGCUGGCUGUGCUUUUGGAGCAUCACUGGACAGAAACAUACGUAUGGUCAGUUCUAUGCUCCAGAACAGCCAGGUGAGUUUGUGCUUAGCCUGAGCUCAGAUCAGCCUAAAAACUCCAUCCUGGUCUCAGGUGACACAACAGGUUUGCUUCAGAUCUGGGAUAUUUCUUCCUAUGCACUGGACAUCCAGCCCAAGUCAGCUUGUGAACGACCUCCCCUGCUGCGGUGUUGGAAGGCUCAUAAAAGGGCCUUGGUAUGUGUGGAAGUCCUUGAGGUAGCUGACAGAGUGUUCAUCCUCACAGCAUCAGUUGACGGUUCAGCUGGACUGUGGACAAAGGACGGAGAUCGUGUGGGAAUUUUUGGACAGGGAGUGAUGUGGAAUAUUACUGACCCUGCUACUUACCAUAGGUGAGGUAAAGCAGCUUGUUCCUGUUGUAGGAUAUCUCAGUUUGCCUACAUAAAAGGUAAUAGAAAGAGCUUGGAAUUGCUUAUUUACUGAUUAAUUUAUUAGAACAAAAUCAAAUCUAAAGGUAGAUUUAAAAAAUAAACCAAAAGGUCACUUUUAGACAACUUUUUUUAAACUUCACUCAGUGGUGUGCUAACUUAUCCAUGGAUGGUUCACCAAAAGCCAUAAAUGCUAAAAAUGACUAUACACAUGAUAAUGUGAAGCACAUUGGAUUAUACAGUUCAAAUUUCAAUGUUGACGCAUGUAACCAUGGCAGCCUUUUGGGAUUAGAUCGCUCAGGUCUGCUUACACAUAGCAGAGUGUACCUGGCAUCUUAAAUCUGCCUGUGUCAAAAUCAAAACAUGUCCAAACAAGUAAUGACAUCAAGGAUGAAUGGUUUCUACCAAAUGUAAUAUAGACGUUCUGAAGAGGAAUUCCGUCACGUGUCCUCCAAAAGAAACUUCCCUCUCCAUUCCACAAACAUCUCAGUCUUUAAUAGAGCCGUCCGUUCGGUUAAAGGUCAUAAACUCUGGCUUGGCCUGGGUCUUUGCUGCCUGUUUGACUGUAUUUCUGUCACAUGUUGGGUAACAUGGACCAUAAAGGAGAAAGCUGUCGGGAGUCAUUUAAUUUCAGGGGAUAAAAAAGCACAGUUAAAGUAAAAGUCAGAGUCAGCACUCGCUUAGAAACAUAAAUAAAUGUCUGAAUAUGUGAACCUCACAGUGGGGCAAAAGUCAUUGCAACAUUAUUGUUUUAGUCAGGUCAAGACAUGUCAAGACGUCUGCUUGUGGUCUCUAAAUUAGAGAUGUACGACAUGGGUGAUCCUACUGAAACUGAAGGCAUUGCUCAUGGAGAGUGUAUAUUUAAUGUCUUUGUUCAUGGGGAAGAAACUGACAGAGAAAAAGGUCAGAUUACAAUAAUUUGUUUUUCCUCUGUCAUUUAUAUCCUUGGUAUCUGUGGCUCUGUACCACCCUCUGUCAAUGCUUCUGCGGCUUCUGAUUCUGUGAAGAAUCACAGAGCACUAGACAUUUCAUAUCUCUCCUGUAAGUUUUGGGCUAUAAACGUUUGGGCUAUUACUUUAACCAAGCAGCAACUAUUUGCAUAAAAGAAUUCCAUGUGUGCAUAAUUUGUGCAUCAUAGUAGCUGACCCACAUUCACUUUUAAACUCUUUCUAACCUUAUUUUUCCACAGAUGGCUUAAACAAUUCAGAUGUCAACAGAUUAUGGAUGUAAAAAUGCUCUAUCGACUCUUAUGAGCUUGUAAAUUUCUGAAGUUGAAGCCUUGCAUAUGUUGAAAUGAUACCUUAUCCAGUAAAGUAGUCCUAAAAUGUUUGCAAGCACACACUUCGAAGGAGCACACAGAGUCCUCAGAUAGCCGCCAACUGCACCACAGAAAUGGAGAACAGUAACUGUUCUGGUUUAAAUCAAACCUAGCAACAAACAUUCCCACAAAUAUCAGCCUCAGUGACAAGAUAUCAUCAAACAGAGAUCGCUGACCUAAGUCCUUGAACAAAAUUGUGAGCCUGUAUCUAAAGUAAACAGCUUUGUGUUUGCACAAGUGGAUUCACUUCAGCAGGGAGUGAUAUCAUUUGCUUCUAACAGGGAGAACAACCAGAAAGAAGACAAAGAGGAGAGGACUGAAAGUGGCAAAUUGGGACCCACUGAGGUGAAAAGUGAAGUACCUGACCCCAGCAACAAGGGUCAGACUUUACAGGAAGAUCGCUGCCCUGAAGCUUCAUCCAUCGGCCCGGCAGACAGUGAUCAAGAGCAACCUCAGCAACCUAUGGUAAUAUGCAAACACGCAAUCAGCAGCUGGUGAGGGUAAACACUGUGAUUUCUCAUUUUCACCUCAGUUGUCUUGUUUCCCUCCCUGGUGCACAUCCACCCAUCCAUCAUCGGCCUAUCUCUGUGUGUCAGUACCUGUGUGAGGACUUUUGCCAGACAGUAGCUGUGCGUCAGGAGAGGAGACGUCUCUUUGAUGCCAUCAAGCACAACAAUCACCACUGAUGGGCUUUUUUCACCUCAUCAGACUCUGCAGGUCCUGCAGGUGAGUUUUCGUACUGAUUACUGGAUCCCGUCCCUCCUGUUGUCCUCCUGCUGGUUUUAUAAACACCUCAUCUUUAUGCUCUGCUGCUAUCUCCUUACUGCAAUAACAAAUAAUGAAUCUAUUUCAUCUUUUUUUAUUCUUCUCUGGUGCUCGGAAAAAUGCCACUAGUAAAUGUAAGAAUCUGUGAGAAUUUGUGUGUCUGACUGUUCUUUUCAUAUCUUGACAUUGUGCGUCUGCUUCAGACUUGGUGGGUGUACUGCUGGGGACCUGGGGAAGUACAGUUUGAAGUCAUUUGGAUGAGCAAUCCUCAUGUUUUUGGUAAAAGUUGUUUUCUGUCACACUUUUACAACAGUUUUCUCAGCAGCUAUAGGGAAAUCAGGCUGGAGUCUGCCCCAGCUGACUGAGGGUGAAGGCGGGUUACACCCUGGGAAGGUCACCAGCCAAUCAGAGGGCCACACAGAGAGACAACCAAGCACACUCACAUUCACACCUACGGACAGUUUAGAAUCACCAGUUAAUUUGGACUGUGGGAUGAAGUCGGAGCAGACAGUGAAAACCAAAAACAAGAACAUGCAAAUGCCACACAGAAAGAUCCCAGGCUGAGAUUUGAACCCAGGACCGUUUUGUUAAAACUUACAUGAGAAGAUGGUCAAACAUAUUUUUUCCAUUAGUCUAACAACACAGGUAGAUGUCUUCAUCUAAGCACAAUGUUAAGGUCUAGUAAGUAAAUAAUAGACCAAAAGAAGCUGAAAAUCUUUUCAACACUGUUUAAUUGUUUUUAUAAUAUGGAAUAUAAUUAUCAGUAUUUUAUAUAUGGUUUUAUUUUGGGGGUAUUUUUUCUGUUUCUGUGAAUGGAAGCAUUGUAAUCCAGUGGUUUUACAAAAGAAUAAAAUGAUUUCCACAUCAAAAAUGACUUGUAUUCGAUACAACUGACAAACUAUAGGUCUGGUUAUAGGAAGCUCUUGUUCUAUUGUAUUAACAUUUACUUACAAAUUACCUUAAAAAUUAUCAAAUAAUGCAUCAUUUUAUUUAACUUUUUAUUUCACUGAAUCUUAGCACAAAUUUAAGCCUCAUUGUACACAUUUGUACAUGUAGGUGAAUCAGCUUCUUUAAUACUGAGCUUUCUUCGUGAAAAUCCAUCCAUCCAUUAUCUAUACACCGCUUAAUCCUCACUAGGGUCGCGGGGGGGGCUGGAGCCUAUCCCAGCUGACUCAGGCGAAGGCAGGGGACACCCUAGACAGGUCGCCAGUCUGUCGCAGGGCCACAUACAAAGACAAACAAGCACUCUCACAUUCACACCUACGGGCAAUUUAGAAUAAUCAAUUAACCUCAGCAUAUUUUUGGACUGUGGGAGGAAGCCGGAGUACCCGGAGAGAACCCACGCAUGCACAGGGAGAACAUGCAAACUCGGGUUAGGGUAGUAUUAAGAAAACUAGUUCAGUAAUAAACAGCUCUACCAGAAAAAUAGUAGUUACUGGAUGUACCGUCAGUUCUGAGUUGUAAUAGACUUUACUAUUGGAUGUGCGGGGUGGCCAGACCUUAGUACAUGAUGGCCACCCCUCGGCUCGGUCCCUGUUGUGGACAUCCAGCAGUGGCUCACAUAAAAAACUGGUCAACAUAUGCAACUAUAAAAGGCUCGAUCAAUUCUGGAGGAAUGUGACAGCGCAGUUCCACUUCGUUUUGUCCCGCUUCUGUGGCUGCAGUACUCCAUGGUCAGGCUAAAUUUGUCCAAAAAAACAAGAUUGAUGGGAGGGGAUAAUGAAAGAGGGCUAGAUGGAGGAAGAAAUGAUUGCUUCCCUUCUAUUUAAAAUGCAUUUUCUUUUUAUUUCUCAUAGAUUGGUGCCUCCCUGUCUUUGCUGAUUCCUCUUUUUCAUGUUUUGUCUUAAUCAUUGCAGAUUUUAAUCUUGAUCUCUCCCUCUGUUCUCCAUCCUCUCUCUGCCUCCCUCUCUCUUCUCCCAACCUCGGCUCCCUAUAAUGUGUGUUUACCGCCACAUUGUGCACUUGUGGCCCAGACAUGGAAGAGGCUUCCUGCUGCUUCAUGUGGACUGACCACUGAGGUCAGAGAGAGCGAGAGAGUUAAAAAGACUUCCAGUGAUUUAUCUCACUUCUUUAAAUGUUUUCCGAGGGAAGAAUGUUGGAAAUGUCUCAGUGAUAACUCUGUAAACUCCAUAUUCAAGAAAAAAAUAUGAUUUCUGAAGAUGAGAAACCUGCUUUUUAUUUUACUCUUCCGUUUUUUUCUCCCACAACCCGCUGGGUGUGGUAUCAGAGUUUGACUGGCAGUACAAAGCUCUGCACACAGUAUCUGGAAGGAAAAGUGAGUUUCCAGUCAGAUAAAGACAAAAAUCCAAACAUGAACAUUGUGUCUGUGCAUUCCGUUGCUUUAGAGAGUCGUCUUGAAACUGUUAAUUAAAUAUGCCUGUUUGAAUAUGUGAUAAUGAUUCUGUGCCUGGAGGAUUUACACUUUGAAUUAGACUGAUAUACUGUGGACUUCACUGUCUAUUUUUUACCUUGUUCUCCCUCGUUUUCAUUGUUCUGUGUCACUCACUCCUACCUCAUUUCCUCAUGUUUGGUCCAUCUCUUUUAGAUACUGAACCAUUUGUUAAAUAACAGAAUAGUUAUGACAUACUGGGAAAUACACUUUGCCUAUAUGCUGGUUUAGCUUAAGGACUGGAAAUGGGAGUCAGUGUCUUAUCUGACUCCAUGCAAAGUUGCAGAAAUCCACCUAAUCGACACAUCUACUGCUCACUAGUUAGCACAUCACACCAGUUUUUGAGACUCUUCACAAGAACUGAAGUGUAAAAACAUCACAUUGCAGUGUUAAUGUUUUCUCAUGCUUUGUGCUGUUUGUUUGACUGGAACCAGACACUACCUGCAGUCUUGUUGCCUUUGUGAGGUUGCCAUGCAACCCAUGGAGAUCCCAGCAUGCUAUUUCCCCCAUUCAAGAAAUAUUGGAGCAGAUAUCAUCAUGUUAUGCCAAUGAAAACUCCCAAAACACAUUGGUUUAUGCUUUAUCAGUAAGGAUUUUUUACAUUGAAAACAGCAUGCCUCGGAUAUUUGGAGGACUGCCGACGUAUACCAAGGAAGUCUAUUAAUAAGGAGUGGGACACUUUGGGCUUUUUUCAUCUUUACUGCACCUAUACUGGAGGAGCAACUUAUUUUGUACUUUAUUAUUUUCAUUCUACCAACAAUAUUGUUCUUGACUUACUGCACCACUCAGUACUUUUUACUCAGAAUUUUGUACCUUUGGAAAGGUACAAAAUUCUGACUGACUGACUGACUGUUUCCCUCAGUGUCUUGAUGCUAAACUGAGCUAAGUUACGAUUAUCUCCCCACUUCUGCUAUAUUCCAGCUGUGAUCUGAUUUCCUGUGGUUGUUUCAUCAGCAGAUAAUUUGACAUUUCCUGAUAUGAGACUUCUAGGGCAUCCAGACAGUCAUCCAGAAAGACAGACAUCAGAGCCAUCUCCUCCUUUUAUGUCAACAAAUGCCACCCUGCACUUGUCAUCAUGGCUCUGCUGAAUUGCACAAAUUGGUGACUCAAUGCCCUAUUUUUGGUAUGUUUUCUUUCCAUAUUUGAUUUCACAACUUCUUUGCGUUCGCUCUUCUGCUCAUCCCUGAAAAUUUGGUUAUUUUAAGAACCGGUCUGGAUGUUUUAGUGGGGGAGGAAGCGAGCUCAGAGCUCGUUUUUGAGUUUGUUUCUCGGGGAUAAAUAAAAACAGACACAGCUGGGACAAACAGAGCAAGUCAUCCUGACAGCAUUUUGCCCCCUCAAGCAUCCGUAAGCCACCGCAGUGUUACGGAACUCCACCAAACGUACUGUGUUGUCAAAAAUAUCUGGGGUCUACUUUAUUCUUAAGUGAUUAAAUUUUCAACCACAAGCGAACGCCUUUGCCUUUUUUGUGCAGUGGAAUGAAGAGAAUGACAAGUUCAUACAUUUCCUAUUUAGUUAUCCCUGAGGGUUCACAUGGGACGGUUAGCUUUGGGACUUUUUACAUUAAAAGUCUUGUACAACAGAAUGCACAAUUUAAAAUGGAAAGUUCAUUCACUCGUGAUAAAUCAGAUUUCUGCUUGUUGUUUUGACCCAAAUGCAUAAUCUCAAAAAUAUCUGCUUUUAGACAGUAGUAUCUCUUUUGUUUUUUGUGGUUGUGGUCUUAAAAAAAAACUUCUACAUGGCUGUCGCCC